UCUGUAGCUGCAGAAACUGAUGUAGUUGCUGUAUCUGUUGAGUAUCGAUUAGCUCCGAAGCACAAAAUUCCUGCGUGUUAUGAUGAUUUGUGGGCUGUUAUGAAAUGGGUUUCUCAGGGAAGUGUACCAUGGCUGAAAUGUCAUCUGAUUUCUCCACAGUUUUUUUGUCAGGUGAUAGCUCAGGAGCCAACAUUGCUCAUAUCAUCAUGAUGCGAGCAAGUAUAGAUGAAGAUCAUAAACUUGAAGUUGGAGAUAACUUGAACCUCGUUGGAAUGGCAUUGACUCACCCCUUCUCGGAAACAAUGAACCAAAUAGAAUUUGGUCGUAUAUUUGCCCUGAAAAUCCCAAUACUGAUGACCGUCGAUGCAAUCCAGUAGCACGUCCCAGUUUGCUAUCCAAGAUUUGUUGCUCCAACAUUCUGAUAUGCACUGCAGAGAAGGAUUUUAGAAGAGACAGAGGUUGGACAUACUAGGAGGCCUUUAAGAAAUGUGAAUGGAAAGGUGAAGUGGAGAUCAAGGAAACACAAGGGGAACAACAUGUUUUUCAUUUGAAUAACCCAACUUGUGAUAAAUCUAAGAUCUUGGUGAAAUGGUUGGCUCAUUUCUUUCAACAAGCAAGCUGAAUGCUUGCUGUGUGUGGGGAAUUUUU